AAAAAACACGUUAACGAUGAUAGGUUCUUCCUUCGUAGUCAUACGCAGUUGAAGUAGAAAGAACAUGAACAUAGUACUUUGACAAGGUCGAGGUCCAAGGAGGAUGCACAGUACGAGGUGAAUCUGCAACUCCGUGGGACCUACUUUCCUUCUUAAUCUUUUUCCCUUUUCCUAUUGUCUUAUUCGGUCCUUCCCCUCUUUCUCUCUCUAUAUGUUAACUGCAUCAUCAAUUGUUAGAGAGAGAGAGUUGUAUUGAAAAAGUUGAAAACUUUAGCUCAAACCCAUAAAUAAUUCAAGAUUCUAAGAACUGGGUCUGUCUUUGUUUGCGAUCUGCUUCAUUGAUUUGGGUCAUUUUCUAAUCAGGUUCUGUUUUUCUUUGAUGCUUUGAAACAAGAAGAAGAAAAAUAAUCAUUGACUUUAGUGUAAUGAAAACUCUUAUUCUGUUGUUACUGCUUUUUAAUCUUACUCUUUAUGCUUCUGCUACUGAUUCUGAUGAAUAUGAUCAUUGUAACUGUGAUGAUGAAGAAGCACUUUUCAGCAUACAUACAAUCCUUGUUGGUCAAAAAGUCAGUGAUUUUUUCAUUGCAAUUGCAUAUUUUUCAAUACCAAUUGAGCUUCUUUACUUUGUUAGUCGUUCAAAUGUUCCUUUCAAAUUGUUGUUUCUUCAAUUCAUAGCCUUCAUAGUUCUAUGUGGUAUGACUCAUUUACUCAAUGCUUAUUCUUAUCAUAGUCAUCCUUCUUUUCAACUCUUGCUUUCCCUUACCGUUGCUAAAUUCCUCACUGCUCUUGUGUCGUGUGCAACGGCAUUGACCCUUCCGCCGUUGAUCCCUCUCCUUCUUAGAAUUAAGGUGAGGGAGAUUUUCUUGAGGCAGAAUGUGAUGGAAUUGGGGCAAGAAGUUGGGAUUAUGAAGAAACAAAAGGAAGCUAGUUGGCAUGUUAGGAUGCUUACUAGGGAAAUUAGGAAGUCUCUUGAUAAACAUACAAUUUUGUAUACUACUCUUGUUGAGCUUUCUAAGGCUUUGGAUUUGCAUAAUUGUGCUGUUUGGAUGCCGAAUGAUGAUAGGAGAGAGAUGUAUUUGACUCAUGAAUUGAAAUCGGAUUCUGUUAAGAGUUUUCAUCAUAAUUCUAUUCCUGUGAUUGACCCUGAUGUGUUGGAGAUAAGGAAAACUAAAGGGGUUAGGAUUUUGAGGCCCGAAUCUAAACUAGGAGCUGCUAGUAGUGGUGGUGGUAGUACUGAGGAGUUGGGCGCUGUCGCGGCUAUUCGUAUGCCGAUGCUUCAUGUUUCGAAUUUCAAAGGAGGGACGCCGGAGUUGGUUGAUACAUGUUAUGCUAUACUGGUUUUGGUUCUUCCAGGUUCGAACUCUAGGGUUUGGACCGCUCCAGAGAUGGAGAUAGUUGAGGUGGUGGCUGAUCAGGUGGCCGUAGCCCUUUCUCAUGCAUCGGUUCUCGAAGAGUCUCAUUUAAUGAGAGAGAAACUCGAAGAGCAAAACCGAGCAUUGCAACAGUCUCAAAAGAACGCGAUGAUGGCCAGCCAGGCUAGGAAGUCAUUCCAAACAGUGAUGAGCCAUGGACUGAGGAGGCCAAUGCAUUCAGUUGUGGGGAUGCUUUCAUUGUUUCAAGAGGGUAAUAUGAGGCCUGAACAAAAGAUUAUUGGUGACACAAUGUUGAAAGUCGGCAACGUGCUCUCGAGUUUAGUAAACGAUGUAAUGGAUAUUUCUGAAAAUAAAAAGGGUGGCCUUCAGUUAGAGAUGAAACCUUUCCUUCUACAUUCCAUGUUGAGGGAAGCCGCUUGCAUUGCUAAGUGCUUGUGUGUGUAUCAAGGGUUUGGUUUUCAGAUUGAUGUUGAAAAGUCUUUGCCUGAAAAAGUUUUAGGCGACGAAGCAAGGACUUUUCAAGUAAUUAUGCAUAUUGUUGGCUACUUGUUGAACACGCGUGACCGAGGGAAUCUUGUUUUUCGGGUUUUUGUUACAAGUGAGAGUGGUGAUAAGGACGACAAAAAAUUUGGUGUUUGGAGAUCGAGCAGCCCAGUUGAGUAUGUAGACAUAAAAUUUGAUUUUCAGAUUACUGGUAGUUCUCAGUCAGAUGAACCGAUUUCAACAAAACAACAGAUUGGUAGGAGGCUGAAUCACAACAGUGAAUCUAAGGAGGGCUUGAGCUUCAAUAUGUGCAGGAGGUUGGUACAGAUAAUGCAAGGUAAUAUAUGGAUAUUACCAAACUCUCAGGGUUUGGUGCAAGGCGUGUCACUUCUUCUAAAGUUUCAGAUAGGACCCUCGCUUGAAAGAUACAUGUUUGCACCUAAAGAUUAUUCAAAUUCACAGUUUGGAGGCCUCAAGAUUUUGUUAGCAGAUGAUGAUGGUUUAAACAGGAUCGUGACAAAGAAGCUACUCGAGAGGCUGGGGUGUCUAGUAACAGCAGUUUCAUCAGGGUUUGAGUGCCUGGGUGCUAUAAGUGGUUCUGGUAGCAACUCAUUCAAAAUUAUCAUGUUAGACAUUCACAUGCCUGAAAUGGACGGUUUUGAAGUGGCGGCAAGGAUCAGGAAGUUCAAUGGCCCUAAUUGGCCUUUGAUCAUAGCUCUUAUAGCUAAUGCAGAAGAGCAAGUUAAAGAUAGAUGCAUGCUGGCGGGAAUGAAUGGUGUGAUCCGGAAACCAAUACUCCUUCAUCAGAUAGCGGAUGAACUUAGAUCGGUCCUACUUCGUGCAGGUGAAAAACUGUGACUACAAUUUCUAAGUCUCAAAUGUAUUGAAUUCCUCAAAAUAGCUUAUAGAGAACUUGGAAUUUUUAACAAUACCAAUUGUUUAAAAAUAGUCGGUUUAUUUUGUAGUUGUAGCUGCGAUUGAGUCUUUUGUCACAACUUAGUGUGGCCUUGGAUAGUGCAGGUUUUGAAUUGUGAUUGUGCUGUGGCCAUGAUUGUGGUUGCAUUAUGGUUGUGAUACUGAUACGGUUUAAUUUUGUUCGGUGUCCGUAGUUCCAAUCCAAUGUGAUUGCAACCAUAACCAUUAUUAUCCCAGUCACAGUCAAAAUGUUACAGUUUCUGUGACGCGGUUCAUAAUAGAAUUGUAAAACGGUGCUUUUUUAAGGAAA